AUGUCAGAGCGUGUGAACCUGUACGACCUCGCGCUGCCGGCGGGAAACGACGAGGACCUCGAGCGCAUGAAGCAGCUUGAUCCGUGGAUGCGUUUGGUGCUGAGCCACUUUGACGCGAUCCCGCCGCUACCGAACGAGUUCCGCGCCCGCGCCCGCGCGUCUAGAGACGGCGACACGCGUGAACGCGGCCGUGACGACUGCGUCUACGACCCGCGCAUCCACCACACCUUCACCAACAAGUUUGUGGGCGCCGACAUCCACCGGGCGCCACACACAUUGCAGUCGGCUUUAGCCUGCAUCCCGAGCGUGCACAUGGCGCACGACGAGUGGAAGCGCACGCUCGACAAGCAGUCGCUGGGUGCGUCAGCCACCUUGGCGUUGCCAAAUGGCCGUGCGAGUGCGCUCGAAUAA